AGUAGAGGAUGGCUGCUUGCUUCUGAGCUGCUACCUCUGCGCUCACAGAGGGAAAACUCAACGUAAAUAGACGAAGAAAACGUGAGGAAACGAGAGGAGGAGAGGAGGGAAAGGAGAACUUUUCCGAGAGGUGGAAAUAGUUGUCACAUAUUUCCCCGGGAGGCUUUUAUUUUUUCGGGAACGAAGGGGGGAUUUUGGACCAUGCCUGCUGAAGUGAAACAGGAGCAGAGCCCCAGUAACGCCACAUCCCUGGCCAUGAUGCAGGAGCCACAGGAGGUGGUGGAGGAAACGGUCACCAUAGAGGAGGACCCCGGCACCCCCACCUCCCACGUCUCAGUGGUCACCUCUGAUGAUGGCACCACACGGCGCACAGAAACCAAGGAUAUGUCAACUAACGUGAAGGUGACUAAGAUGGUGAAAACGGUGACCACACGGACAGUGCGUCAGGUGCCCCUUGGCCCCGAUGGCUUGCCCCUGCCUGAGGGCUCAUCCCCACUAGGCAGCUACACCGACUCUAUCGACAGGCGCUACAUGAAGAAUGGAGGUGACCGUUUCAUCACCCCUCAAGCAACCUCCACCCUGACGCGCUCCUACAACAACUCCUACAACGAUUCAUAUGGCGAGACGCCUGAGAGCCAGUAUGUUCGCCACUAUGGCUUGCACGAUGGCUAUGCCGAUUUGACGGACAACUACGGCAGCCUGUCACGUGGCGUCAACUUCCGGCCGCCGCGCUACCCCUACAUGCCCAACAGCUACAGGCCAGAGAACAGCUACACGCUUCCUAUUCGCAAGGAUGACUAUGGCCAUGUGGCCCAGCCGCAGGUUCCUAUGGGUAGCAGCACUGUGGAUCUGAACCGCUCACAGCCAGAGCGCUUCCAACCCGAGCCAUAUGGCUUGGAGGAUGAUCGUCGCAGCUUGGGCCCUGAAGAGGAGGAGCCAUAUGAGCUGGAGCCUGACUACUCCACUGCCAACCGACGCACCCUGCAAGGAGCCAACCGGGGUCGCACCCAUCGGGAACCUCUUCGUGACGGGCCUAGAGUCAGAGGGUACCCAGACGACCCCAUUGAGGCAGAGCUGAUCGAUGAGCGCCACCCUUACAUCCAUGGCAUGUACUCAGCACCGCUGGCCCAGCCGGAGAGGGGCAGCAUGGCCAGUCUGGACCGCAUGGGUGGCCGGCGCUCACCCUCCAUUGACAGCAUCCGCAAAGAUCCGCGCUGGCGUGACCCAGACCUCCCAGAGGUCAUCGCCAUGCUGGGCCACCCCAUUGACCCGGUCAAGUCCAACGCAGCUGCCUACCUGCAGCACCUGUGUUAUGAAAAUGACAAGAUUAAGAAGGAUGUGCGUCAGCUUAAGGGGAUUCCUGUUCUGGUGGGGCUUCUGGACCAUCCCAAAUCUGAAGUCCACCGCAAAGCUUGCGGUGCCCUGCGGAACAUCUCCUACGGCAAGGACAAUGACAACAAGGUGGCCAUCAAGAACUGUGACGGCAUCCCGGCCCUCAUCCGGCUGCUGAGGAAGACCAAUGACAUGGAGGUCAGAGAGCUCAUCACCGGAACCCUGUGGAAUCUGUCGUCCUAUGAACCCCUGAAGAUGGUUAUCAUCAACCACGGCCUGCAGACCAUGACCAAUGAGGUCAUUAUACCCCACUCAGGGUGGGAGCAUGAACCCAAUGAGGACUCAAAGCCCCGCGACGCAGAGUGGACCACCGUCUUCAAGAACACCUCUGGCUGCCUCAGAAAUGUGAGUUCAGAUGGAGCAGAGGCUCGGCGCAGACUGAGGGAAUGCGAGGGAUUGGUGGACGCCCUGCUGCACGCUCUCCAAUCAGCUGUAGGAAAGAAAGACAUGGACAAUAAGUCUGUGGAGAACUGUGUUUGUAUCAUGAGGAACCUGUCCUACCACGUCCACAAAGAGGUGCCAGGGGCAGAAAAGUUCCAGGACCCAUCAGCACUACAGGCCCCCGGCUCAGCAGGACCACAGAGGAAGAAGAAGGAUGACGCCGGCUGCUUCGGAGGCAAGAAGGCCAAAGAGGAAUGGUUUAAUCAAGGCAGAAAAAAUGGUGAGAAUGACAAAAACUACGACACAUUGGAUCUGCCCAAGCGCACAGAGCCGUCAAAAGGCUUUGAGCUGCUGUAUCAGCCGGAGGUGGUGAGGCUCUACCUGUCUCUGCUGACGGAAAGCCAGAACUACAACACCUUGGAGGCCGCUGCCGGGGCUCUGCAGAACCUCAGCGCUGGACAGUGGACUUGGUCCAACUACAUCCGAGCCACAGUGCGCAAGGAGAAAGGUCUUCCCAUCCUGGUGGAGCUGCUGCGCUCCGACUCCGACAAGGUGGUUCGGGCUGUGGCCAUCGCCCUGCGCAACCUGUCUAUCGACCGCCGCAACAAGGACCUGAUCGGAAGUUAUGCCAUGCGGGACUUAGUGAGUAACUUACCCAGUGGUCAGCAGCGACCAGCCAAGAACCUGGAGGAGGACACUGUGGUUGCCAUCCUCAACACCAUCCAUGAGAUCGUCACCGACAGCUCCGAAAACGCUCGCUCUCUCAUCCAGGCCCAGGCCAUUGAGAAGCUGGUCGCCAUUAACAGGACCAGCCAAUCAGCUCGCGAAACAAAGGCGGCAUCCCAUGUGCUGCAGACGGUGUGGAGUUAUAAGGAGCUAAGAAAUGCUUUGACCAAGGACGGCUGGAACAAGAGCCACUUCCAGCCUACAGUGACAGCCACCCCCAAAGCAACCAAGAAUGGCAAGCCAGGCUAUGAUGACACCACACUGCCCUUGAUGGAGAAGAACCAAGGCACCAGGAAAUGUGGCAGUGGUGAUAUGAUACCUAUGGAUGAGCUGGGUCCAGAUGGUUACUCCACCAUUGACCAGAGGGACAAGGACUGCAAGUACAAGACAGGCGACGGCUCAGUGGACCUGACAGAACGGGAGCCAUUAAAGAAUGACACAAAUAGGAAACACUAUAUCAGGAGUAACAGGCCUGCGGUCAGUCUGGUGGACGCUUGUGAUGUUAAGCCCCAGCCUGUUGACUCCUGGGUCUAAAUGCAUGCAUGACCUGCUUUCACCCUGCACCCAGAGCAGUCAGCUUGUGAAGUCACCUUUCCAUGGAAAUUGACACCACUUCACUUGUAGUUCAACUGAGAAUUCAUUUUAUGAUUUAAAAAUGUUUGAUUUUAUGUAGAAUUUCAUCUUUGCACUGUAUUUAAAUUCACAAUUCUCAUUUACACAGACACUUAUGUUGCACACACUUGCAUGUGCAGACAGAGGGAAUGAUGGUUUUACAGGAUUGAUCACAAAAGAGAAAACAUCUGAAAUAAUCACAACCUGUCUCGCUGUACGAGAAUGCCAGAGUGGAUUUUAAUUAAAAGUAUGCCUCAUUUGUUAUAGUUUAAUUGACCAUCUACUAAAUGCCUUCCUCAAACAGUGAUUGUAGCGUAGCAACUGUAAUGAGGCAUAGCAGGCUUGUCAUGCUUUACAUUUCUCUACAUGUUAAAGGGAGUAACAGCACCUUGCAUUUAAAAGAGUUUAGUGUGUCAGCUUUUCCAAAAACCAAAAACCACAAGAGUAAAUAUGCAAGAAAUACAAUUAACAAAGCUCAUUAAGAAGUUACGACUGGCACAUCCAUAAUUUUCUCACUGUGUGGAAGCUAGUUCUGGAUGCUAUCAGAAUUUAGGCUAACAUUUGCAGCUCUGUCCUGCUUUUUGUUGUAUUUCAGAAACCCUGGCCAAACCCAUCAUCCAAAACACGUUCAUUAGUCCUCAUCCCAAAAGCUUGUACCAAACAUUUGUUAGUGUGUGAGCUAAGCAGCUAAUUAAGAUUAUAUAAGAAUGAAACAAUCUUUUUCUUAUCAUACUUACAACACUAUAACUAAGUAGCUCUACACAGAGAUACAAGAACAAGCUGUCUCUGUAUUUGCAUUCUUCUGCAUGGGUCAUCAGUUGGUGAGGCCCUUGACAUGAUUCUUAUUUUAAAACAAGUCAGCUGAGCAAACAUUAUAAAAAUUCCAGCAGAGGCAGAAUUUUUAAACAACUCAUUAAGCUAGCUAAUUUUUAAACAACUCACUUAGCUUAAUAAGCUAGUUAGCUACAGAGGAUAAAAUCUCAUAGAAAAAUUUCAGCCAGUACUUGACAGUAACUGUCAAUUUUGUUGCUUAGAAAUGAGACGCCUGCUCUUUUCUACUACUGUCUAAAAUUAAAGACUUACUGUUUCAAAAAUAUGUACCCCUGCUAUUGUAAAAUUGAUUAUAUAUAUGCCUUCACAGAAUGGGAAGCUUUGGAGGUGUAGUAACAGUCACUAAAGAGGUGAGGCUCAGUGAGCUGUCAGUUUAUAUUCUAAUGUUGCCUUUGCCAGUGCAACAUCCAAAUUUUCAACACGUCACUGUUACAUGUUACAUGACUUCUCCCAUCUGUAAUACACAUAGAAAAUAGACAGGCUUUGGUUUGUGUUUACAAUUCAGCACCACCUGUCUGAUUGAAAUGUACGCCUAGCUUCACUCACUGCUUCCCCUGACAGCCUUUGCUGAAAUUGGUGGCAAAUGAUGAAGGGGAAUCAUUCUUCUGCACUCCAGAUGAAUCCUCCAGAGACUCAGUCAUCCCUAAAUGAAAAGCAGUAGGGGGAAAGAAAAAGAUAUGCACACACACACACACACACACACAAUCUCUUCUCUGUCUUUGUUGUUGUACACACCAUUUCUAGGUUCAAAGCAAGAUGAUUUCAGAUACAUAACUCAUGUAAGUUGAUAACUUAUGAUGGAAGCCAACACAUUUAAUGCCCAUACACACAAAGUCACACAUUAUAGACUCACACAUAAUAUGCGGAGGGCACAGAUGUAAUGUGAAUUCAUUUGAGGGCGAGCUAACAUUAAUUCAGUUUACAUACAUUUAGAGGUCUGAAGUAGUUGAUUUGAAUAAUUUAUAUUCAAAUUCAUGGUAUAAAUGAUUACUAAGUGGCUGCUUAUGUAACUUCAAUUUCCACGUUUCCAGUUAAGUCCACAAAGAAAGAAAUUCAGCCUCUCUGUGGAGUUGAGAGAUUUCCUGAAACGUCUUUUUUAGUAGAGUGGAUCAAGUGUAUUUCAGCAGAAAGCUUUUAUUAGGUCCAGUGAAUAGAGCUACAAUCAAAAACACUGAAAUCUAAUGAAAACCUUCUGCUGAAACUGUUUAAUUUUGUUAGAACAUCCUUCUGCGUCCAAGAGCAGGUGAAUUUCUUAGUUCACCCCAUUUCUACAUGUCCAUUUACGUUGCUGUAAAGAAAUGGUAGAAACAGUUUGUUACACAACUCACAAGGGAAGACAUCUAAAUUAGUAAUGUCCUCAAACCUGUACAUAUGUUAUUUACAGUGCAUUAGUGACUGUUUGGCCUAUAGUGCCUGACUGAAUUCCCAAAGUGACUCACUAUUUAAUGUCCCACUAAAUGACUUUUGCAAGGCUGCCAGAUGAUCUGGGUGAGCUUCAGUAGUUGUCUUUGUCGUAUCAGCAGCAUCUCUCUGUCUUCCUGCCUCCUCCUCACUGCACUCCUGUGCCAGAGGCCUCCCGUCAGACCUCACUGGCUUCCUCAUUGUCAUCUUUCUAUCUCAGUCAUCUUUGUCACUGGCCAUCUGUUCAGUUCUUUCAUCUCCAUUCAUUGCAUUAUCAUAGGAAAUACAUCAGAGGGUGACUUUUGAGAGACAGGAUUAUUUUUGGUAGUCGUUGUAAUUUUGCCACUUAAGUAAAAACCAGCUACAGGUAAUAGAAAGAAUGAACCAUCAGGUAAGUCAUUUUCACUUCACUUAGCAUAUGCAGGAUUUCAUCCAGCACAUUAAGCAUCUGUUUUGCUGUCUCUUGCCUCCAUUUGCCAUCUGGACUGUCAUGAUUGAAGCACUGAUGAGAUUUGUCAAGUACUUUGAUAAUGCCAAGUGAUUGUCUAGCUGUCAUGCAUAAGAGGAAUUGAAUGGGAGAGUUUCAUUCCAAACAUGUGGUUCCAACUGAAAAACUAAAUGUUUGUAUGAAACUUCAAGGAAUAAGGCUGCAGUACUCUUAUUUUUUCUUAUUGUCAACAAAUCCCAUGAAAAGACUCAAAUCAACAAUUUUCAUGACAGUAACAAGUAUUGUCUGUGCAGCCAAAGCCUGAUAUAGCUUAUUUCUCUAUGCCAUAAAGCUCCACUUACAAGCAUGCCAGUUGUGUGUUAAUGUGCAGCUGAAAAUAGAUUUCAACAAAUGAACAAAAAAAAAUAGUAGUGCAAUAUUUCAGCCACUGAUGGGAAGUAACUGUACUUCUGUGGCUGAUAUUUUUAAAGCUGUAUUAAUUUAUUUUUUGGCCACACGGGGGCAGCACAACAGGCUGUAAAAGCGACACUAACAUAUUAUCACCUCAGAUAAUAUGACAAACAACUUGGUUGAUGUGACAAACUUGAUAGCAAACAUUCAGCAGACACAGAGUAACACUCAUUUGAAGCUGUUUUUGGCCAACUGGCAAAUUUAAGGCCAAAAUUAACUAUGACUUAAAAUAUCUGGUUCUUUAGCUGCUAAAUGCUCCACUCCAAUAAGCAUACAAUGCAUACAUCAGUUGUUUUUUUUUUCCCUUGCUGAAAACACCUGUCUACUGUGACUGGCUGGAAACCAGGUUGAGUGACAGGGAGCCAAAACAGUAAACCUGGGGGCCAGAAAACCAAAGCAAAGACUGAAAGGGAAGCGCAGUAUUGGGUGCUAAUUCUCUGAGGGUUGGUCUCUGUAUGAGGGACUUAAUAAUAAUUGUUUUCCCCCUGUUUAGAGACAGAGACACAUUUUUGACAUUGGUCUUUUCAGGUGAUUUAUACACAACAAAGAAUGUUGCAAGCCUUACCCUUUAACUCAUUACACAGUAUUUAAGUUAUCAUUUGUCAUGAAGAAUGCCAUAUGUAGCAUUUUGGACUGAAACUCUUCAUUUAUUGUUAUGUCAGACUCAAGUGAUUGUUCUUCUAACAUGUUUCUCUCUU